CUGGUGUUCCCUUGGCCCGAGGAACUCUGCUCACACACUGCUAUAAGGAUUUAGGCUUCAUGGAUUUCAUUUGUUCUAUGAUCACAGAUUCAGUAAAGGCAUACUCUGGAUUCGUCAGGGAUGGGAACUGUCCGCAGCUGCGUGUGAUUUUCUCUUUCUAUGCAUCCACCAUUGUUUCUGCACUUGAUGCAGUGGAGAAGAUAACUAACUCUAUUAUUGCCAAACUGCUUCCAUUUGUACAACUGGGACUGAAAUCUAACCUUUUAGACUACGUGGCUGCCACUUACAUGAUUGUGUGUCAGAUGGCAGUGAAGGUAGUAAUGGAGGCUCAGCUGGUUGACUCUCUGACUGUUCAGUUGUGCAAGUCUCUACGUCGAAUGCCUCGGCUGUCCAGAGAGGGUUUGAGCUGCAUUGUCAUCCUCUUGCAGAACCAGAAAGAAGGAAUUGUUGGUCCAAAGGCAUUUGGAUACAUGUGUGCUAUCCCCACCCUGGUGUCCACUCUCCAGAGUAUAGCAACAGUUCAUGACAUCAGUCCCCUGCUGCGUUAUCUGCUGCCCCAUCUCAUACACUUUGUGAUGACCCAGGAUGAUGAGCAGCAGAAUGAAAGUUUGUCAGACAGUACUGGACUAUUACAGUCAGUGUUUCAGGACCUUCCACUGUCUGGCAACCUGGAGAACACUGCAGCCAAGUGUUCGGUGCUAAAAGAGGCUGUGCGAGUUCUCGAUGACCCGUGUAUUUUUGAGGGCAACCCAGAUCUUAAGGCACAGAUUAGUUGGGAGAUUCUGCCCUUCUUGGUGUUGACCAAUGCUGCGCCCAAGUGUGUGGAGCUGCAAAUGGCAUCUUGUGUUGCUGAAACCACUUUGCUUUCCCAGCAUCCCCUUACUCAUGGUUGGGCCAAAG